AUGGAAUACAGCGGAGUGCGGUUACCCGGAAUUUUUUGUCCGGAUGAAAGCAUUGAGCAGUUUGCAAGACUUUACGGAAGUGAUAAUUUUAGCAAAAUGAUGAUAAUAGCCACUACCAGUCCUCCGACGACUAUGCAGGCCACAACUCAUUCGCCUCCAGGAAUGAUGGUGGGUAAUCCGUCCAGGUUUCAAGGGAAUGCAUCAACAGCUCACGAUCGAAAUCUAAAAGUUAAUCACCGAUAUGCUCAUCAGCACUCGAACAAUCUUUCCAGUAAUGUGGAGGACCCAUCCUAUCCGCACCGGGUCAUGAUGGGUCCGUCCAGGUUUCAUGGAAAUCUACCACCUAUUCAGGAUCGAUACUUAAAAAGUAGUCCCCGAGCUCAAGGAUCUCAUGCGUAUGGGGCCGUGCAUAGGGGCUGUGGUGACCACUAUAGUUGUUCGGCAAAUUUGCAGAACUCGAAACCUGAAUAUCCUGCAAGGCCCGCCCAAUCGGGCAACCAAGAUCCGGGACAAAUGUACUGCAAUACUCAGCACUAUCAGCAUAUGAAUUUUUAUCAUCCACCUCCACCUGGACCCAGAUAUUCCUGGCUUUAGAGCACAUUUUCCGGCCAAAUCCGUUUAACAAUGAUCAACUCGCUAGUUUGUUAGUUUUGUUGUUAAAUGUUUAUCCAUGGCAUGUAUUUCUAUUGCGAAAUUAGUAUUUGGUAUCACAAUUCAGUGGUGACUGUCUAAAUUAUAUAUAAAAC